UUUUUACAGUAAACUAGUUCUAUCAUUGUCAUUUUCAAUUUCAGAGUGACUCUAAAAACCCAGAAGGGAAAAUAAUUUCUCAACGUCAUCAAGUAGCAGCGCCUUUACCAACAUGGCGCUAAUCCUGGUUCUGGAGCCGGAGGCCAGUCCGGAGACGGACGUUUGGCUGGGUUUUUUCCUCCGCCUGAGCGAGGCCCGAGGUUUGCGCGUCUUCGACGCCCUGGCCGCCGCGCCGGCUGCUACAACUUCUUCGGGGCCGCAGGGUCCUCCCACGGUGGAGGACAUUCUCACCAAGUUUUCCCGGCUGGACGGGAGCAGCGUACUUGACGAAGUGUACAAAAGUAAAAACGAAAGAACCGGCAAAAAAACGUCUUCCUCUUCCCGAAUUUUCCUUGGCGUCGGCGUGCUGCUCGCGGAUGGGUCGUCCGAAGAAAAUAAUAGUACAACUCCGAUUUAUUCGUCUCGGAAAGGCGUAGACGUGGCGAAGAUCGCGGCCAUGGUCGAGAAAUUUUCCACCCGGGACAGCAUGCCGUUGAUGCCGAUUCUGCGGGAAAAGGGCAUUUUGGUGGACGACAUGGCGCUGCACGACGACGCGGACCUCGCGGGGGACAGCAACCCGGACCCGCGGCCUUCUUUCCCGCACAUGACGCUGAAGGACAUUUGGCACUACCGCAACGUCUAUGGAUUGCAAAAAUGUCUGGGUCUGGAAGAUUUCUAGAUUUGUCAUGCAGAUUUUCCAUGAGCCAUGAUGUCUCUAAUGCAUGCCGUAGCAUCACAGAUUUUUAGAGGGCUUUCUGAUACCUCUACCGCAUGAGAAAUGCCCUCUCAGCGUAGGACAACAAGCCCGACCCCUCUUUCUGGUCAUGCAAUACAAAUUUUUUUAGAAUCCACCGACAGCAUCACAAGUUAUGACCUUCCAAACCCAGACAUUUUUACAGUUGAUAAUGUCUGGCCGGAGGACGACCCGAUCAUAUUGACCGAACCAGGCUACUUGGCGCGGUCCUACUUCAACUGUGACGAGCUGGUGGAUUACUUUGCCUUCAUGCAGUGCUUCGUCACGCACUUGGUGCGCACGGGGCCGGUGUCCGGACCCUGCCGGUUCGGCUUGCUGCUCGUGGUGUGCGAUUUUUUCCUGCAGCAAAAGAAAGACGGAAUUGCGGAACUACAGCAGCCCGUGGCUGCAGGAGAUGUUUCAACAUUUAACACGUUGUUGCAAAACUACUGGCUGCAGUUCUUGCAAACAAUUCUGCACAAUCUGGACGCCAUUGCCACGAUGCUUCUCUCUUUCAUCUUUUUUGUCGUGGAAAAGCUAGACACCUUCGUCUACGACUUCUCUGGGUUCGAGCAGACGAUUUUCACCGUGAGCUACCUCCAGGCGAACUUCUUCACCAUACCGAACUUCCAAUUUCUGCUCCGCGUAGCCACGACCACCUUGAUUUCUAUUUGGGCCACGGCCUUCGUGAACCGGGUGGAGCUCCACCUCGAGAUCGCGCGGGAUCGCGACCGCCGAAGAAAACUCGCGGACGAUGCGGAAUUUCGAUUAGGCGGAAAUACAAAUAAACAUCAAGUACAGGAGAAAAACAAGCCGCUCACCGUCGAAGAGCGGAUCCGGCGGUCUCUAACGCGCACGCAGACCUCCACAGACUUCCGUUCGGAGGGGCACGUAGAGCAGCUGGUGGUCGAGGCCGCGCGAGAUUUGACGGACACAAGCGGCGUAGACGCGUCCGAGCAGCAGGCUCUGUCGGACGGGGCUCGGGAUCUGAUCGACCGCCUGCACCGCGGGGCGAUCGUGGUAGAUAAGAAAUUCAUCCGAAAUGUCAAGUUCAAGCUUAUCGGAGAUGAACAAGGAAAAAGUACUAAUAAAGAGACCCGCACAACAUCAUCAGACAUUAUGGACAAAGCGUUGCGCAAAUUGCUGGACCAGAAGCUCGCGACACUGGAGGACAGCACCGAGGCGCACACACUCUCCUCCGCCGACUAUCGACAGGAAUUACUGAACGUCGCGGAGUCCCUGCAGGUGCCGAAGCUGGGCCCCACCUUCUUGCUCCUGGAGCGGUCCUACGCGGGCGCGUUGGUGCGCGUCGUGCAGGACGCGUUCGAGGAUUUUAUCGACCGGCAGCGGCGGAUGGUGCGGCGGUACGCGACCACGUAUUUGCUCUCGUUCCUCGCGAUGUGUUUUUUGUUCUACUGCCAGACGUAUAUGUUGUACCUCGACCUGGUCGUCGCCGACCUCGUCGCGACCUCGCCGGAAUUCUUGUCCGACGCGUGGCUGAUUAGAUUUGUGCCGAAACUGCAACGAAAUCCCUUUUUCUCUGGCACAGUCUUCCCCCCGCUGCAGGCGUCCUGGGAGAACGUGAACGCGCUGGGCUGCGCGGACCUCGUGCGGACGUUGCUGUUGCAAGUUUUGCUGCUCACCCCCACGAUCGGGAACGUGGUGAUCUGCGGAAGUGUCUUGAACCCGCUGUUUACCGCCUUUUCCUGGCACUUGACCCACUACGAGCACCACAUCAGCCGGGCCGAGUUCCGUCGCUCGGCGUCGCUGAAAAGUGCCGCGUUUGCGGUCAUGAACGCGGUCGUGUACCCCUUGUUCUUGGUCUUCGUCGCGGACGACGCAAACGCGGCGCUGUCCUACAUUCUCACCCUUGUCUUCAUCAAGGCAACCAUCCUCGGAUCCAUCACCGAAAACGUGGUGCCGCGGCUGAAAAUCCUGUUCAAAGUUUUGGAAGUAGUCGAGGGUGCUGGGAAAAAUAAAACGAACAAGGCAAUAAAGUCGCUCAGUAGCCGGUCCGCCUCCGUGCUGCACAACCUGGUGGAAUCCGAGGCCCGAAAGUCCUGCUCUUCGAGCGCGCAAAAGGUAAAGCCGCAGUCGUACGAUUGGAAGUGGCGUAAGGAAAUGAUCAAACAGCAGGCUUCAUUUGGGAAGAUGACAGAGGCAGAUGGCACAACUAAUGCAACAGCAUUAAUAUCAUCUUCCAGUACAACAGCCAGCAGCACCACGAACAACAAGAGCUUGAACACGCGGCGGGCGGUCGUGUUAGAGAAUUACUUCUUGCACCGGAAUUUCGCGCUGCAGCGCGCCGUGGCGGGAAGAAGCAGUGUGAAGGAGGAGGAGUUGGUGGAGCCCUACAGCUUGUUGGACGAGUACAAGGAGGUGUGCGAGGCCUACGCAUUACUUGUCUUUUUCUUUCCCUUGUCUCCCUUCUACCUGCCGCUGGGGAUUUUCAUCUGGCUCUUCACGGAAUUGAAAGCGGAUAGCUGGAAGCUGCGGAACGUGCGGCGCCGCGUCUACAAGGCGCUGGACUUGACCUCCGGCGGUCUGUGCGACGCGUUUGUGUUGCUCCUGCAGACGAUCACCAUCAUCUCGCUGUUGGCAAACAUGCUGCUGCUGGCCCGCAGGCUGGAGAAGGAACACCAGUCGCAGUCGGUCUUCAUGUCGCUGUAUCAAAUGUAAAAAUGUCUUGGUCUGGUUCUGGAAGAUUGCCAGGUUUGUGAUGCACAUUUUGCAUGACCACUCCUGAUGUCUGUGAUGCAUGCCCUAGCGUCACAGAUCUUGUGAAGGCUUCCUGAUGCCUAUACCGCACGACAAAUGCUUUUUCCGUGUAGCAAAACUUAGACUCUCUUUGCUGCUCAUGCAAUACAGAUUUUUUUGGAAUCCAAAUUCAGCAUCACAAGUUGCAUUCUUCCAGACCCAGACACUUUUACAUUUGAUACGCUGCUCAUGCUGGAACACGUGCUCCUCUUUCUGCAGCUCUACCUGGCCGGCUACAUGCCAAAAGCCAUCCCAAAAGAUCUCGCGCUCUUAAGAGAACUCUAGGCACGAUGUACUAGUACGCGUCAAGAACAAGCAGCUGAGAUCCAUCUCGAUCUGUCGUGGUUGCAAUUAUACAUAGAUGUGUUGACAAGUUCUUUACAAUUAGAAUUGCAUUUAUGCCUCAACUAGGAAUAGGUCAGAUACAGAUUCAGGUAGGCGAUCUCUCUUUCGUUCGUAAAGUAGUAUACCAUAGCGCAGCGCUUCGGCGAUUUUUCUUCCAUCCAUAGAGUUUUUUGUCAUCCGCAUGAAUACAAAAAAAAGUGAAAGUGGAAGUGUCUUUUUUCAGUGUCCACCUCCUUUCAAGUUCAAUAUGAGAUGUGCGCUCCUGUAGCCUGGAAGCGUAUGAAAAUAAAUACAAGACGCAAGGAAGACAAACGCUAAGGAUCAAUGUAAAUCGCAGCCCAGCAGCAUUUUCCAUUUUGCGAAUAAAGUUUUGCGCGCAAUUCUGUUUUACAAAUAUAAAAUUUUCAUUUUACAACGCGCGUCGUGGUGCACGUGCAAGUCCAUUUCUUGCUAGUGUGCAGCAGGAGCUGUUUAUCGGGACAGAAAUUAUCGCACGGAAACAUCGGUUAUGAGGGUCGAUUGACCAUAACCAUUCAGCCCAUUUAAGCCAUUCGUAAAAAAUGAAAAGCAAAAUCGUA